AUGUCUAUAGUAAUGGGAUCAAGCAUGUCAGAGAUGUACUGGAUAUCCCAUGAAGUGCCAAAAAAACAAGCAUACCGACAUCCAGUUGUGAAUUUUCCGCCAGCACUUUAUGAGUAUGUGAUUGGAGAGCUUGGGCUGGCUCUGGUGCUGGUCCUAAACAAAGUGGACUUGGCCCCACCAGCUCUCAUGGUUGCCUGGAAGCACUAUUUCCACCAACACUACCCCCAGCUUCACAUUGUCCUUUUUACCUCUUUCCCUCGAGAUCCUCACUCCUCGCAGGACCCUAGCAGCGUUUUGAAGAAGAGUCGGAAGCGAGGUAGAGGGUGGACUCCGGCCCUGGGACCAGAGCAGUUACUGAAAGGCUGUGAAGCUAUCAUUGCAGGGAAAGUAGACUUGAACAGUUGGCGGGAGAAGAUUGCUCGAGAUGCGGCUGGAGCUACCUGGGGUAAUGACUCUGGGGAACAGGAGGAGGAGGAUAAUGGGCCAGCAGUCCUGGUGGAACAGCAGACUGAUACAGCGAUGGAACCGGCUGGUCUAACCCGGGAGCGUUACAAGGAUGGAGUGGUGACCAUCGGCUGUGUAGGUUUCCCCAAUGUGGGAAAGUCCUCGCUGAUCAACGGGCUGGUAGGACCAAAGGUUGUGAGUGUCUCCAGAACUCCAGGCCACACCCGAUACUUUCAGACCUACUUCCUCGCCCCCACUGUGAAGCUCUGUGACUGGUAA